AAUAUGACCGAAGUGAUUCCUGAGAUCCAUCCAAUCAGAAGCCAUGACGUCACAUAGCCACAUCAAGGCCCACCCAAUCAGACGCGUUGCCACGCCCAGAGCCCAUCCUGCCCCGUCAUGGUGCUCGCUCCGGAUGCAGUUGUCAUGGAGAUGGGAGAGAGCUCGGCGUCCGCUGCCGGCGCUGUUACCAUGGAGACCCCGGGCUCGGCGGAGCGGGCGGAACCGGACCGGAUCGGCGUCCCGGCGGUCCGGAGCAGAAACCACCGGCUGCUGCUCGCGAUCGGAGAGAUUUCCACCGACUAUCACCUGGAAGCGGCGCGGAGUCAAAUCACAGGCGGUCUGCUUUCCUGGAACGUCGACUUGUCUGUCUGCGACCUGAACAAGGAGCUACAGCUGUUCAGGAACAGACACACCGCUCAGUUUUCUUCUCAGGUCAAAGGUCAGAGAACGCUGCAGUACCAGAGCGACGUCCUGCAGACGGUGGUGCUGGUGAACCCGACACAGGAGGCGGUUUCUCUGGAGACGACUGCUCUGAUCACUGACUCUGCUGCUAAUAAGUUGCUAAUUCUGAGCGGCCAGAGCUCCGACCAGGGAGGCGAUAUUCUUCUGCAAAGUGGAGUCUUCGGUUGGCAACAGUUUUCUGACAUCAUCUCCAACCCUCAAGUUGUUGAAGUCUUGUCCAGGGUCUCCUCGCAGCUGCUGACCAGACUUACUGUUUCCUGUCAAGGAGACGGCGGCUGGAGCUCCCUGGGCCAAAGCCAGGAGCAGCAGCCACUGCUUAAUAUUCUCGAGUAUUGCUUAAACCCAGAGCCCCGACUCCCAGAAAUGGACGGGGUCACAGAGUUCACAGAGUAUGUCUCGGAAACGGUGGAUGUACCAUCACCCUUCGAGCUUCUGGAGCCGCCGACGUCCGGUGGGUUUCUAAAGCUGUCCAAACCCUGCUGCUACAUAUUCCCUGGAGGCAGGGGGGACUCCGCUCUGUUUGCCGUCAAUGGAUUCAACAUCCUGGUGGACGGCGGGUCAGAGAGGAAGUCCUGCUUCUGGAAACUAGUCCGACACCUAGACAGGGUCGAUUCCGUCCUGCUCACCCACAUCGGUGCAGACAACCUACCAGGGAUAAAUGGGCUGUUCCAGAGAAAAAUUGCAGAGCAGGAGGAAGAGAAAAACCAAGGGUCUGGUUCCAGUAGUAAUGGUGACUGGAUGAAGAACUUGAUCUCCCCAGAACUUGGGAUCGUGUUUUUCAACGUCCCAGAGAAGCUAAAGAUGCCAGAGUCAACUCUCAAAGUGAAGCGGAGCAUUGAAGAGGCAUCUCUCACACUGCAGUACCUCAAUAAGCUUGGCAUCACUCCUGAACCUCUUCACAGGACAGUCAGUAACACUAUUGAACCAAUAACACUGUUCCACAAGCUUGGUGUGGGAAAGUUAGACAUGUACAUCUUAAACCCUGUGAAGGAAAGCAAAGAGAUGCAGUUUCUGAUGCAGAAAUGGGCAGGAAAUAGCAAAGCCAAGACAGGAAUCACCAUGCCCAACGGCAAGGAGGGAGAAAUAUCUGUGCCCUAUUUAACGUCAGUCACUGCUCUGAUUGUUUGGAUCCCACAUCGACCCACAGAAAAGAUAGUGCGUGUGCUGUUUCCUGGAAAUGCGCCACAAAAUAAAAUCUUUGAGGGGCUUGAGAAGUUGAAACAUCUGGACUUCCUGCGAUACCCAGUGGCCACUCAAAAAGACAUAUCAUCUGGCGCGCCACCGCCAAUCAUCAAGCAAACUAAAAUAAGGUCCAGAACAGACAGCAAAGAAAGUCUCAAAUCCUCACCUAAACCCCAUGUUAAAGCAUCUAAGAAAGAAGCUGGCGGGCAGGAGGAAGAGUCAAGAAGUGACGCCAUAAAAGAGAAUAAAGUGGAAAAGAAAGAGGAGAAGAAACCCAAAAGUAAUAGUUUAAAAGCCACCAAACAGCAGAGAAACAGCGAAGUGGCUCCUGGAACCGAGAAGACGGCAAAAAAGAAAAUUUCCAAGGAAAAGGCUUCAAAACAAGAGAAAGCAUCUAAAAUGGACGAAAAGAAAGACAAAGAGAAAAAAGACACCAAGAAAGAAAAGGUAAAGAAAGAUGAAAAAAUAAGAAAGGAAGACAAAAAAGAGAGUAAAGCAAAGGAAGACAAGAAGAAGGAGCCAAGUAAACCAGAGCUUAGAAAAAUCACCAAACCCGACCUGAAGCCGCUCACGCCUGAAGUGAGAAAAACCCUGAACAAGGCCAAGAGUCAGGCUAAACCCAAAACUGAUAAAAAUAAGGCAGGCAAAGAGGAAGCAAAUGGGAAAAAGCCUGUUCCAAAGAACAUCCCGGAUGAGGUUGCAGCGGCAGCUCUGGCUGACAGGUCCAUUGUGUCCUCACCUGAGGACCUCACUGAGGACUUUGAGGCACUCAAACAAGAGGAGAUGUCCAUCCAGAAGACUGGAUCUGUCCAGAAUGACGUGAUGCCUGGAGCUCCAGCUCACCUAGAUGCUAAAGCUUCUCCUCAAGCUGUAACAAGUGAGAAACUAGCAUCCUCAACCACUGAGACAAAGCCUACUGGAUCUAAAUCCCCUGUCAUCCAAGAAGACAAGAAUGACAAACAAGUUACUGCUUCUCUACAAAAAGAUGUGAGUCAUGGGUUUGACAAGAAAUACGAGGAGGAGAAAAUGGAGAAAUAUGACAUUUUAAAAGAAAAUGUGACUGACAGAUCAAAGAAAAGUGAGAGCUCAGAGGAGGAGGGUGAUGUGAUAGAAAAAGCGGAACUAGAAGGAACAGAAGAUGAUGAGGUCUUGAAGUUUAAAACAGAGGAGGUGAAAAAGGAGUGGGACACCAAACCUGUGACCGCAGCCCCCCUACCCGCCUCUGCCUCGGAGCAGUUCUCCUUCAUCCAAGACGAGACCAUCCCUGGUUACUCGGAGACAGAGCAGACAAUUUCCGACGAGGAAAUCCACGAGGAAACUGAAGACAAGAUUCCACAACUGCGCUAUGAUGUGGGCUCCUACGACAUUUCUGUUCCAGAUGUUCCUGGUACAUUUGAAUCCAUGCAUGGUAUUAAAGAGAUGAAAAGCUCUACAGUUUCCGAUGUUCCAGAUGUCAAACCUAAAACUUUUGGUCAGGAACCUGAGCUUGCGCCUUACCCUGCCAUAAUCGCAGCUCCUCUUGCAGAAGAAGAGCACAUCUCUUCUGCAACCUCCAUCACAGAUUAUGACAGACUGUCAUCUUUCGCCACAUCUGUGGCUGAGGACCAAUCAAUUGCCUCGGUGACGGCACCUCAAACAGAAGACGUUGUGAGGAAUUCACUCUUGUUGGACACCAUCAACAGCACUCCAUCACGUGCAGACGCUGCCCAAGGGAAGGACUAUCUCCAUUCAGCAGGCACCAUAUCCCCCACCUCCUCUCUGGAAGAUGACAAGUGCUUUAAGUCUCCGUCCUCUGAUGAGUACCAGCCUAACAUUCCAGAGAUAGAGACUGAUGCAAAGACCAAAACCGUCCACGAAGAAGAAGAUGACGAAGAAGAGGAGGAUGAAGACCAAACUCCAAAUGUUGACAUCCCUCUGGGUAAACUUCAAGAGGGCUAUGAACAAGCUGCCUCACUGAUGCACCAGGAGCAACAGAAAUCUCCCUCUACUGUCAUUCCUGCGCAGACUGUCAAGGAAGAGCAGACUCUCCUCGGCACAGAAGCGUUUAAGACUGCUGCUGACGUAAAGCCCAUCUCACCCCCUCUAUCCUUCUCCCCUGGGCUAGAAUCCCGAUCCAGGCAGGACAGUGAGGAGAGAUGCUUUAGUCCUGAUGACAGCACCAUGAAAUUGGCUUCACCCACACAAUCAGUGCCCACAAGCAGUGGUUACUCUCCAACAGAAGAAAAACCCUUUAAGCCGGAGGAAAAAGAUGAAGCACUGAAUGCCAUUAAAGCUGACGCUCAGAAAACUGACCGAUCAGUCACCAUCUCAGACAAUACCUUUAUUGGCUUGCCAGGCGACAAGACAGCUUUUGAAGCAUCGGAGGAAUCUGAUGAGGACAGUGAGGAUGAAUAUUACGCCAAAAAGGAGCUAAAGCCCACUUUAAAAGCCAAACUCAUGGAAGCAAAAGAAGGCUGCUUUUUAGAUGAUGACUUUUCAUUCGAAGGAAAAUCUACAAAGACAGAAUCAGAAGCUCUGAGUUCAGACAAGAUGCAGGUGUCUUUUAGCACAGCAGAGAAACCCAAAGCAAAGGUGAUGUUUUCUGAUGAAGACGAAAAAGAUCAUGAUUUUCCAAGUGGGGUAGGUUCUAAAACUCUUUCGGAUGAUAAAGACAAACGUGAGACAACCGGUGUUGCCAUUAAAGAGUCAGAGAAAAGUGUCCAUUUCAGUCUAUAUGAAUAUCCAGAGAAAGAGAACAGAGAGAGCAGAGAGAGAGCAGUCUACACUAGACAGGAUACACCAUAUGUUCACGGAAAAACAUUCUCUUACGGUGAUAUUUACGACAGCAAAACAAGCUCAGAGGAGUCUGACUUGUACCGAGAGGAGUCCCAAGAUAAGGUAGAAGAAAAACCUUCAAAGGAUGAAGAAGAUUUGCACACAAAUGAGUCUCCAUCACAAGACACAGAAUCAGACAAGGUGUUAGAAAAAGAACAAAGAGAGCACUCCUCCUCUCCAUGGCCAGAGCCCAAGAGUACAUCUAUCACUGAUCAAUUUAAAACAGAUGUUAAAGAAAAAGAGACAUUUAUUUAUAGUCAGACUAGUCGUUUCCCUUCAGUUGCUGACCGACCUGAAGCCUCGACCACAUGUUUGUCAUCAGAAAAGGACCAAACUCUUGGCACAACCUCAGUUAUUUCCAGCGUCGCUUCUGCAUCAGGCUACAGUGAGAAAGGUGCCUGCUUAGAGAUUGAUAUGCGAAAGCUAACAGCAAGAGAUGAGGAAGAUUAUGAUGAUGAAGUCAUCGAUGAUGACGAUGAGGAAGAAGAAGAUGAAGAGGAGGGGGACGAAGAUGGCAUUGAUUCUGACAUGGAGAAAGGUGCCAAAGAGAAAUCUGAAAAGGAAGUACAAAGUCCAGUAAGUCAAAUGUUAGCUUCAAAGAGACCUGAGUUCAUGGUUUCUAUGGCAGGGUACGGUUACAACGGUCAGAGAAAGCCGAGCGUCACCGAAACCAGCUCAGGUUCAGCGACUAAAGCUGAAUAUCAAGCUCAGACUGACUCUUCCUGUGUCAGUGAAAAGCCAGUGGAUGUAGGGGCCAAUUUGCCUAGAUACUCUUCGGGUUUUGAAUACCCGUACCGAACCGAUGAAAACGGGUCGUUUGUGUCAAGUCAGAGCGGAGACAAAGGAAAAGAAGAUUUAUCUUCAAAAUCGAAAGUGGACAGUUAUUACCAAAGCGAAACAGUUGAUACUGAAAUUGAGAAACAGAAGACACCAGAUAUUUUGAGUAAGAGCUCAUCGGAGGCAAAUUUUCAGUACACGACCACAGCUGCUGCCCCUGGCUACUCCUCCUCUUCAGCCUACAGCUACUCCUCCUCCACCUCAGGCUCCCUGUCCACCAGCCGGCAGUUUGGAGAGGAGCUGGAGACACCUGCGUCCGCCGAACCUCUCUUUGAGUACUCCUCAUUUAAAGACGAACACUCGCUUGUUAUGGAUUCUCCCUUCUCCAGUUCAGCUGGUGCCAAAGAUGAUUAUCUUGAAGUGUCUGAGAAGCAAAUCACUGUAGCAACAACGGCAGAGUCUAGUUCCAGUUUAGCUCGCUUCUCACCUCUUAGUCCUUUUGAGGAGGUCAAGUCCUUCCCAAUGGCCUCGUCUGUCGCUGCUGUUCAAGAGAAGAAGGAACAUGUAGCUCCAUUAUGUGGAGUUACUGAUAAAGGGCCUCAAGCUGACUGCUUCUAUAAACCUGAGUGGCCUGAAGAUACCAAGUUGGACAAAGCUGCUGGGUUUGGGGCCUCAGUGGCUCCCUUCGCAGACUUCUCUAUGGAUAAAGAGGCUGCCAGUGCUGCUCUGUUUGGUGUCACUUCCUCUCCUCGGCCUGACAUUGAAGGAAAGCAUUACUUUGAAGAGACCGACAGCAGUGAAGAGGAGGAUGAGGAGGCAUACACACGUGAAAUGACUCAGAGGUCUCCUUCCAGCGCUCCUACUGGUAAUCUCCCAUUCUGUGACAAGCCGGCUGCUCCAGCCUUCAGUGCAAAGACGAGUGAUGCACUUCCAGAUGUUCUUGGCUCUUACAUGUCAACACCUCUCCAGACAAGCAAGCCAGACACAACAAAUGGCCCGACAGAGGUAAGCAGCAGGAGCACCCUCCCUACGGGGGUGACUGGCGCCGGAGCACCUUCAGGCUCAGCCAGAGUGGAGUCCAGAGAGGGAGCAGCCGGGUACGUCCGCAGUUCGUAUGAGUGGGAAAUGCCCAAGCCUCAGAUGGGGAUGGUACCUGGAGACUCCCCUCCUCAUUACCGCCAUGAUGACGAGUUUGAGGAGGAAUGUGAGAUGGAGCCGGAGCAUCCUCCUCGCCCACUUUCACUUGCUUCACCUGAUCAGCAGUUCCGCUCACCAUUCUAUGCAGAAGAGUGCAGCCGAGGCGAGCAGGAAGAUGAUGAUGAUGAUGAUGAUAAUGACAGUGAUCAGGACUUACCCAUAGGAGCAACCUCUUCUUACACCAGCCGCACCUCUCCUGGAUACUCUUCCUCCGAAUUCAGGCAGCGCAAAGAAGACCUGUCACCAUCCUUCAUCAACCCCUGCAUGAGGCGGCUUUCCAGCGAUGAGGACGAUGAGGUGGAAGGCCGCAGGAGCGAUCAGUCACAGGAAGGGGAUGAACAUGACCUGUCAGUCAAGAGGAGGGCUCACAAGCAACCCCAUAUUCACCAGUCCCACAGCAGGGACAGCAGCUCUCUGCAUCAGUCUGGUGGUAUGCCUGCAGGAAUGAGUCUGGCCACAGAGGACACUCCGCCCACCUCUGUCAGCGAGUCUUUACCCUCUCAGUCAGAGUCAGAUCUGCAUCCUGGCACUGCAGAGUACCCAUCGAUUACCGGUGAAGGCAACAUGGACUCAGAUGAGGAUGGAGAAUACAUGCCGAUUGAUAAAUCUGCCACAGGGCGAGGUAGCCAUCAUUCUAUCUCCAGAAGAAGCCAUGACCCUCCUCCUGCUUCCCUUCUAGACCGCUUCCCUCAUCCACCCCACCCAGAUGUCUGCAUGGUGGAUCCUGACUCUCUAGGCAAUGGCUCUCUGAAGAAGGAACCGAAAGCAAAAAGUCUGAAGAAGUCUUCAGGCAAAACAAAAUCAGCAUCUCCAGCAAGGCGUAAGAGGUCUCCAAUGCCUGUUAAACAGACGCCGUCACCUCGGAGUGCUUUGCUGAAGAAAAAGGAUGCAGACAAAAGCUCGUGUGUGUCUCGUCUGUCAGAUGGACAAGGCUCCAAGGACGAUGACCUCUCAAGGUCAAGCUAUAACCCCAGCAAAGGGCUGACAAAUGGGGUCAAAACCAGCUCAGGUUCCCAGAAGUCCGGCACGGCGGCCGCCUCCGGCCUUCCGAUUUAUGUGGAUCUAGCCUACAUUCCCAACCACUGCAGUGCUAAGAACGUGGACCAGGAGUUUUUCAAACGCAUUCGCUCUGCCUACUAUGUAGUGAGCGGCAACGACGCUGCAGGAGGCGAACCUGGCCGAGCGGUCCUCGAUGCUUUGUUGGACGCCAAAGCUCAGUGGGGAUCAAACCUGCAGGUGACGCUGAUCCCGACCCACGACACAGAGGUGACGCGCGACUGGUACCAGCAGACCCACGAGAGGCAGCAGGAGCUGAACAUCAUGGUUCUGGCCUCCAGCAGCACCGUGGUCAUGCAGGACGAGUCUUUUCCAGCCUGCAAGAUUGAGUUUUAGGAUUCCUCUCUGCAAAACCUCCCUGCUGUAGAUCUUUUCUGGUUCUUCUUUUCUGUAUCCUGAUAUGCAACCCGAUGUGUCUCUGCUUCGGUGGUUUAUGCCACACGGCGAAGCAGAGGCAGAUCUGGAGAACUUUUUUUUAGUGUUUUUGUUGAUUUUUAAGCUUGGUGUGACCAUGGCCAUUGGAGUUCCAAUGGUACUUUUCAGCUAGUCGUCAUUUCCCUCUGGAUUAGUAAAAAUCAUGAAGAUGUCUGCUGCACCAUAGCCCUGAUCGUUUUCACAUUUAAUCAUUUUACAACCACAAACUUCAAAGUGUUUUAUAGGAACUAAAAUGAAUUCAGAGUCUUUGCUUUUAUCUAAACCUUCCCAUAAGUCAGUGGUUCCCAAAGGUUUUCUGGGCCCCCGCUGCAUCACAAUAAAAUCCCCAAAGUGUGGCGCGCCCCAUACGUUGGGAACCACUGCCAUAGGUUAUCGUUCUCAAGUCUUCUUGUCUUUAGCAAGAAGACAAGCUUCACUGGUCGGAGUGAAAUUUUGAUGCUCAUAAAUAAAGAAGAAAAGCACCCCACAGCAUGAUGCUGCCAUCACCAUUUUAGGUGAUUUAUCAGGGUAACUGGUUGCACUGGAUUUAAUUUUGGAGUUGCAGGGUGUUUUUGACUCAGUUCGAUUGGGGACCAAAGUUGCAACAAUUUUUUUUUACAUUUUCAGCCAUGUUCUAGGCAACCAACAAAGAUUUUUAAAAUUUAUUUUAACUGUUUCUUUUUUAACCAGAAUAAAAAACCCAUUGAGAUCAAAGGAAGGAAGCCUUGGGCAAGAGGCAGCAACAAGUACAAAAAAACAAACAAACUGAAGAAACGUCAAGGAAUGAAGGAAUUAAUAAAGAAUUUCUUUAAGAAAUUCAAGAAAAUACUUGCAGCCAGGAGACCUGACAAACCAGCACCCUGCCCUGGGAAUUAAAAGUGUCUACACACCGGUAGUCUGGUAAACUCAGUUUGAUUGGGACCAAAAUUGUAACAUUUGUUGCAUUUUCUGCGUUAAACGAAUCAAAACCUUUUGAAAAAAGAACCUGUUGGGGGCGCUGCACCAAGAAUCACUGAAGAAAACGACACAAAAACCUCAGAAGAAGACACUGAACGCAACAUCCUUCUUCAUAAAAUGUAAACAAAAAUGAAGUAGUGUCAGGCUUUAGCAGUUGUAGGAUUUCUAUUUUGUUGUUAGCAAAACACCAUGAGUCAUUUCUCCCGCUAGUGCUAGAAUAGCAUGUUUGUUUGGGUUGUAUUUACCCAGAAUGCCCUGCAGGGUAAUCUGUUCUCUGCCUUUCUGUUUGGCGUUCAGAUAUGCAUUCGAACUGAAAUGAGACUUUAGCUUUGAGGCGGAUCAGAUUUCACCAUUUUGGUCCAGAUGAGAGUUUGAUAAGACGGUUACGCCUCCCAAAUGAUCCCGUCUUUCAACAUGCAGAGUGGAUGAAACUCUAAAUUUAUACAAGUCCAAAAUGUUCAACUUUUGAAACUCAUAACUUUCCAUGUUUUUGAGAAUAUUUUUAAGAUUAAUCUCAAAAUUAGAUUUUUUUGUCUAGCAAAAUUUCAAAUUUAAAUAAACCCCCCCAAAAAAACUGAAAAAUGUGAGAUUUAAUGGCAUAAAUGCAAUUUUUUUUCUCCCUAGAAUGGCCAUAAUCAAGUACAGAUCCACUCCACACUUUCUAGAUUUUAUCCUUUAAGAAUUCUGAAACCCCAUCCAUCAUUUUCUUGCUAUGCUACAACAACACACUAUGUCUAUGAUAUAAAGUCCAAAUAAAAUGCAGUGAAGUGUGUGGUUGUAUGAUGACAGAAGGUGGAAGAUUUUCCAAGGCUGCUCCUCUAAACUGUCGCGGUAGAAGCACAAAUUUGAAGAAAUCAAAGCAGCAGUUCUCCAUUUUUUCAGCUAAUACCAGUCGUGACCUUCUCUGGCAGAGGAAUACAAACAUUAAUAAAUUGAUCAAAUAAAUACAAAUCCUCCGAUUCCCAUUGCUUAAAAUGAGAUCCAGAAACAUAAAAAAAAAAAAAUCUUAUUCGAUUGUCAUUUUUUGCUCUUUUCUCUGUUGAAACAGUGACAGUGUUUAGUUUUUGGCUUCCCGGUGACAUAGACGGAUAGAAAACUAGAUCCCAGCGCUCCUUUUAGACUAUAUUUGUUGUAGCAAUGGGAAAUUAAUAAUCAAAAAUCUGUAUUGUAGUGAGUUCUGAUAUUUCUACUGUUCUCUCAAACCAGUUCAAACCUUCCUGAUGGCUGUUCUUUCUUACGGUGAAGCUCUUCAUAACCAUUUCUGUGGUCUUUGAUGUACUUUUCCAGUUAGCCGGUCGUCACAGAGGCUGCGCAGAGCGCUGCAAGCAUGUUUAUGUCAUGACAUCCUGAAGCUCAGAUAAACAAGAGGCUUUUACAGACCAGCGUGUUAAAGAAGACGAUGGCUGUUUUGGUUGAUGGGAGACCAUCGCCCCACAUGUGCCUUUCUGCGGUUCUGGAAGAAAAACGGGCGGCGGAGGCCCGAGAUGUCGGUAUGAAAUGAAAGCGAAACACAGGGCUGGUCCAAGCCUUUCUGGGCUCCUGAUCCCAACAUGUCAACACCAGACGCUUCACUGUUUCUAUGCCGUAAUCAUUAGCAUACUGUAUUAGCUUACAUCAUAUCAGUGUUUUAUGGCUGUUGAUUCUAAUGGUACAGAAGCAACAAACUAAAGAAAAACAUUUAGAUUUUGAAAUGUAUAGUUGUACACUGCAAAAACAAAAACUCUGACUGCUUUUUGUCUAGUUUCUAGUGCAGUUAUCUUAGCACACUUCAAAUAAGACAAAACUCACUAACAAAUAACUUUUCACAAAGAUAACUGAAUUUGAUUUGAUGAAAUCUACUAAAAGUACAAAUUAACUGCUAAUUGCUUCAGGAAUCAGUGUUGCAUAGCAAAAAUAAAAUCUUACCAAGUAAUUUUUUAAUCUAGUUUGUCCUGUAAAUUAAUUAGUACAGUAACUUACAAGUAACUUUUCAGCAAGGAAUAGGAAUAAAUAAUUCCUUAAUAUAGAUGAAUUCUCGUUCCAUUGUCAGAUUUUUUUCACCUUUUGUAAAUGAAAUAAUCAGCCGAUGGAGCAAGUAGUUCUUCAUCAACAUUAAGGAAUUAUUGACUGAAAGAUCCUUACGAGUUAGUUUUUUAAGUGUUUUAGGAUGACUGUAAUAGGAGAAAUACUUGGCAGGAUUUUCUGUUUUUGCAGUGUAUUUAAGUGUGUCAUAUUUUAACUAUUUAAAAGUAACAUCAGCUGAUAAACACUAACAAUAAAACUGUGUUAUUAUUACAGUUGAUAUUAUAUUUCACCAACAGAGGCAGCAGAAAUGAACAGGAUGAUAUUAAUUGUGAUUUAUGUAACAAAAAACAAUAUGGGAAUUUUUUUCCACGUGUAACAGAAUCUGGUUUGUGUUAUUAAAUUGUAUUUAAAAUAAAUACAAUUUAUCUUAGUGCCCCCUGGUGGUGUGGGGGCUCUAAGCAGCUGCUUAACUCUCGUAUGCCUUGGGCCGGCCCUGGUGAAACGGCACUUUUAAAGCACCAACUCAGAGUUUCAGCUGCCACUUUAAAAAGCACAAGGCAAACCAGUGAGCAAAGCUUUCUCUUUGAAAGUAACAUUUUAGACUUCAUUUGUUAAAUUUGAUGAAAUGCCAGUGAACCUCCAGCUAAUUCAUUUAAUUCCAGCUCAUCUGCUGAUGCAUGCACAGGAGCUGCAUGCGACGACAUGUAAACGAAAGGCCACGGUUUGUUGCACCCGAUCGGCCUGAAUGUGAAGAUGCAGAUUAUACCUUUAUGUUCUCCGCGGAGGACUCGGAUCUCCUGGUUGCCUUCGUUACACAUCAUGUAACAUCUGUAACGCCUGCGGAGAGACGUCAACGUUUAUGCUUUCUGCUCAGAUUUACAAAAAGGGUCAAAGUUCACGUUACCUCACUCUUGCAUUCCUGUAACAAUCGAUUGAUCAGUCAAAGCCCAAACUGCCAGACCUGAGGUGCUCUCUUCACUCAUCCAAACACAUUUCAUCUGUUAUCCACAUUUAUCUGCAUCCAGACACCUGACUGCUGCAUUAAAAUGAAUUUUAAAAAAAUCAGAAAUAAGCACCACCCUGCGUUGGAUUGACCCCGGCUUGUUUGUGCAUGCGUACCUUUUGAGUUCUCCUGUAUUGACAUGAAAACGACUCAUUAUUGAAAUGAUGUUUUCCAUGAUGUGGUUUUGAGAAGCUAAAAGUGUCCAGUUUGAAGGAGGCAGAUGUAACCUGGCUUUGCUGUGCGGUAAAGAGCCUUGUGAGGGUUUUCCUCUCCUUCCUGCUUCAUGGUUCUUCUUUCAUCUCUUAAUUUAAGUGCAAUAUUCUCUUUAUCUCUAUUUAAAUGCUUAUAAAAGGUAAAAUAGAAGUCAGAUUUAUUGUUGGGAGGCAUAAAAGCGUGUUGAAGACAAAUAAAAAUGUCAUUUACUGAAA